AUGCUAUUAUUUAAAGAGAUCCACAAACAUCUCGAUCAAGAGAGCAGACAAUACGGAUUUGUAACAACAAUUCAACUCCAAAAGGUAGGCUCUAGCACCCUAGGGGGUACAUGUGAUGAGAAGGUGGUCCUUGGAUAUGCAACAACAACCGCCAUCACAAUGCAUUGUCAUCGAUGUGAAAUCGAUUGUGAUAAUAAUUAA